AUGGCCAAUCAAGAUCUACACCUCGGUAAUAUUCUUCUUCGACUGCCAUCAAGCUUUAAUCAAUUAUCAGAUGAAGAAUUAUACAAUAAGUACGAUGCACCAGAGCUAGAGCCAGUAACUCGGUUUGAUGGCAAACCAUUUCCACAAGGUGUCCCGUUAUACGCGAUCUCUCCGGUGUGGCUUGGAGAGCCGAGCGAGAGAAUCACAUUGCCAGAAGCCGAAAUUCUGAUAUCUGAUUUUGGCGAAGCCUUUUCGCCCUUACAAGAGGUCAGACACAAGUCUCAUUCACCAAUAACAAUCCGACCCCCCGAAACUCGAUUUGAGCCAGACCGGCCUCUUGGCUUUUCAACUGACAUUUGGACCCUUGCGUGCCAUUUGGUCAAUAAGCGGCCAAAGUUCAUUGUUUGA